CGGGAGUGACGCUCUCCGCCAUAGCCGUUCCUCUGUCGUACAGGAGCAGGCUGGUCGUGCUGCGCUCCGUGCCGAGGGCUGAAUGGACACAAAAUUCUGACUGCCCGUCUGGAGGUAUGGCCUGAGGAGGUGGAAAUUUCUGGAUGAGAUUCGUGCAAUUGGGUUGCAUCCAUGCAUGAGAAUCAUGGAACUAGGUCGCAUCCAUGCUUAUCUAUCAGAGCUGUCUACGAGGAGGAUGACACGUUGGCUGGACUGUGAGUUUCUGUUGGAUUGGUGAUGCAACUACAGCUGGGUUGAUUGAUUGGCUUCACAGAUGGGUCGGGGCUCCGUUUACGUUCUCGAGAGCACAUGAGUAAUCGAUUGAUUGAUGGAUGGAUGGAUGGGAUGUAUUGAUUGAUGGAUUGACCGAUUGAUUGAUUGAUUGAUUGAUUGAUUGAUUGCUUGAUUGAUUGAUCGAUUGAUUGAGUGAGUGAUUGAGUGAUUGAGUGAGUUUCUACAGUGAGUUUCUAUUUUUAGGACUGGUCGUGACAUCUUCAGAAGUAGUUUAGAUACUGAUUGGCCCACUUUGAGUCGGCGAUCACCCAACGUUUGUGUGACCAUCUCAUGUAGUGGCUGUGGUCUGAAGAGAGGAAUGACUGGGCUGGGCUUUGGCACAGCCGAAGGGCUUUUUUUCCCUCCAGAAAGGGCAAUGACCUUGACGACCUUGUGAUUUCAUCAUCGAACUGACUGGCCCCGAGUAGGUAUUAACUUUCUGUUAACUUGUGUUAAGUUCAUCUAGGUCCAUCUGGGUUUGAACUCAGGACCUGGUUUGUAUGUGGAUAAUUCAUGGGUGUACCCAGUGGAAUAUGAUAUUCUAAUAAAUUCUAAUAAAUUAAAUGAUAAGAGAAUAACUAAAGUUCAAUAAAUAAUAACCAUCCCCGGCUGGGGACCCUCUUAGGCUGAUGCAGUAGUGUAUCAUGGGUCUAUCCUCCCGAAUGGCAACUGGGUGUGAGCCUCCAGCCGCAGGUUAUUGCCGUGGCUCUCUCUUUUUGAGGAGGAUGUAGUAUCUGUUUUUUUUCUGUCUCUCUCCCAUUCCCAUCAGGAUGGUCCGAGUGCUGUGCUCAUUUGUUGAGCUCUGCUAUUAUGAGAUUUUGGGGUUUUGGGGUUUGGGAAAAAAUGAUUUGUUCGACAGUUCACUAGGCUAGCAUGUAGCGUAAUCUUGACCACAGCUUCCUUUUUCUUUUGGCUUUGUUUGGAGGAGGGGGGGGGGGGGGGGGGGUUGAAGUAGGGCUACUACUCAGUGAAAAAUUGUUUGUCCCAGUUAAUUUGAAGGAAGUAAGUGGUCUUGGCUGAGUUGUGCAAAAUGUCUCUGAAGCCGAAUCAUGCGGGGAAGGAUGUAGAAGUAGCAGGGGAGUUGAACUGCAUUCCUGGUGACGAGGUGCAAGUAGAGUGGGCCACAUUGAAGAUGCACCGCAUCCGGACCGGUGCUUGUGAUGAUGAGGAUCAUCCGAAGGCUGCUCCUCUGGAGGGAGAGCACUCUGCAGGAGCUGUUAGUGAGGAAGCCUUCUCGGGCGUCGGCCAAGCAGUAGCGCAGAACCUAUCUGUCCAGCCGGCAUCGUCCCAGGUCAACGGUGGCACUGAGGGAGGGCCUCCUCAGCACUCAAGGUUGAUGGUUGGUUGCAGUGAAAGCCAACCUUCAUCGCCCGUGACUCCAACAGGGAGUGCAUUCAAUACCUCAACCCACAAGGUGAACAUCGUUUGCAUGUUGGUGAUGAUGCAGCCGAUGACAAAGGAUUCGCUCUGCCAAUUUCUCGGAGAAAAAUUUCUCAAGCACAAGCGAUGUUGCAGUUUGUUUGUCAUGAACAAAGACGGGGUCGAUGUCUGGGUCCCUACGGAGGUACAUUUGGAGGACCAUAUCACCGAAGCCACAAUUGCUGCUGAAUCUGAAGCGCAAUGGGAGGAUCGCGUGGAGGAGUAUGCAUCUGGUCUUUCUGUGGCCGCACCUCUUGAUUCGGCUCGCCCGCUCUGGCACGUUCAUAGUCUGAUGUGGCAGCAUGAAGGUAAAAGUCGCGGGUGCGUCAUCUUUCAUGCGCACCAUGCUCUUGGCGAUGGCUUUUCACUCAUGUCGCUCCUCGUGGCGUCGUUACGCCGUGCAGAUGACCCAAGUGCGCAGGUCUCUUUUCCUGGUCAGAAACCCGUCUUGCCUUCAAGUUCAGGAGGGCAGCAGCAGCAAAUGCAGGCAAAUAGUGAGGUCGCUACGACCGCUGACACAGCCUUGGGUCAUAGUCAAGGGGAGGGGAAGCCCUCCUCAGAAUGCGAUGGCCCAACCUCAUCGAUUCCAAGGCGGUGGUGGUCAUGGCUUCAACUUGCCAUCGCUCGCUGCUUCUUUUUUACCGUUCUUCUGGUGAACACUCUCGUGGACUCUCUCUAUUCCGCCCUUACGCUUCUUGCGCUCGGCGAUAGUGACACUCCUCUCAAAGGAACCAGAGAAAGUCAGUGGGCGUACAAGCUCGUCAGGCGGUCAGAGGAGAUUAGCCUCGACGAUAUCAGAGUGAUCCGCCAAGGUUGUAGAGCGCGCCACGGUGGUCCGCUACCGACUGUGAACGAUGUGCUGCUUGCCGCUGUGUCUGCUGGAACACACAGGUACUUGGCAGCUGUCUCUUUUGGGCAGGGGCAGAUUUCGGACAAUAGAACUGAUCAAAACAGAGGAGAAGAAGGACCAAAAGAGGACUGUUGCAAGGAGAAUGGUCCCCAAGAAGCGGGCUUGGGCAUAAAGGGAGUGCCUAGUACUACGCCGGUUGAGGCAGGCCAACCCACAGCGAAAGAGGCAGUGGCAAAACGGUUGUGUUCCAGACUGAAGCGGAUUCGUGUGCGAGCACAAGUCCUGAUGAAUCUGCGGGGAAUGCAGUUUGGUACAAGAGUGUCGAAUGUAGAGACUUUUCGAUUGGGGAACCAUGUCAGUACGAUGAUAAUUGGCCUUCCUGUCCAGAAGCUGGAUGACCCGUUGGAGAGAGUCCGAGCAAUGAAGGCAAUUUGUGACAGAGGAAAGGCUUCUUGGAGUCCCUGGAUCUUCCAUAGUCUCAUGUUGAGCAUUGUGAAGUGUCUGGGUAAGGACGUUGCAGCGGACACACUUGUGAAACUUGGUCUGCGGAUGACUUUCGCCAUUUCAAACGUGACCGGGCCGGCGCAGAAGGCAGCAUGGCAGGGAAAUGUGAUAUCAAGCAUCAUCCCGUCCACAUUGGGUAACGUGCAUGGCGUGACAAUUCAUUUCAUCAGCUAUGAUGGAAAGAUCAGGUUCGUAGUCAACGCAGACGAACACUGUUUGCCAGACCCAAAGCUCUUUGUGAGUUACAUGACAGAUUCACUGAAGGAGAUGAAGGCUGCGGCACUCUCUUCAAGUGGAAUGCCAGCAACCUGUACUCGGUAGCUUGCUGCAUCAUGCUCGUGAGUCCAGAUCUGUCGUGACAUAGGGGGGCGCAGUCAGGGAUUGAGUUUGUAAUUGCACUUGAGGCAAA